GUGAACGCUGAGGUGGGACACGUACCUGUGAGGGGGAUUAGCGCUGCCAGUAUAAAAGAGAUGAGAGCAGACCAAACGGCACAGAGACGCAAAGUAAGACGCCAGAAAAGAAAGAAGUGAGACACUCAGCAUCAGCAGCAAAUAACGAUGGCAGACACUGCAGUUGCAACCCCCGCCGACAAGAAGGCGCCCCCCAAGUUCAAGCAGAGGACCACUCGCACGUUCAAGAGCAAGGCCCCUAAGCCAGGCCAGAAGGGAUUUGGAGAUGACAUUCCCGGCAUGGAGGGUCUGGGCACAGACAUCACGGUGGUCUGUCCUUGGGAGGCCUUUGGUGACAUGGAGCUCAGUGACCUGGCCAAAUACGGAAUUGUCUAGAACGCCUCCUCCAUGAGUGUCAUUCCUCUCUGCUCGGAUUUACCUGAAACCUGUUCUCCGCUUGAACCCUACACUCUCUCUACCACCUCCCCGCUAUUACCAAACUACCUCAUGGCAUCUUAGGCACAAAAUGUAAUCUUGAGGAAAUUUGGGUAGCCCAAACUAAUGCUAAGUUACCAUAUAAUAGUGAUGCAUCCAUACAGUACAUAUAUAUACCGCAAUACUACAGUAGUAUAUGCUUCACUGGACACGUUGCACUUUUAGAUGCAUCUUUAAUGGACUACAUGUUCUUAGCACCUGUGAUCAUUUUUUAUCACCAGUGCUUCCCGUACCUCCUUCCCUUUUCCUGCCGUUAUUGCUCCAUGACCCCCCCACCUUGAGCAUGAUUUACUUAUUGUACAGCUGGUGUUGAAAGAUAUGUAUUUAUUUUUAUGAGCUACUAGACACAUGCGUGUCAACCUGCAGCAAUGGCAGCCACAGUCAAUAAAGAUCUGUUCCCAAAGGAG